GGUUAACGUCCUUAACAAAAAUAGGCUACAAUGUGCAAGAUCCAACAAAAGACUGGUCAAACAAAAGUUGGUACAAUAUGUUUCACAUUUCACAGGUUUUAACUGACUUUUAACUUGCAAAAUACGGCGUUUGAAAGAUACAGUCUGUGGAAAAGUAGAUACAAGAAACAAGAAAGUGUCAAACAGCGAUUUAAUCAAAGUUUACAUCUCGGGCUGUUCAACGCCUAAGCUGUGCUUUUUGUCCUCCUUUUUUGCAAUUUUAAUCUUGAUUGUUUUCUGUGUUCAUAGUAAUCAGAUUUUGUUGUGUUAAGAGUGUAAUUAAUUUUUAUUUUCUUAAGGAGUCAUUAGGAGCUAAAGGUUUUUGAAUUUUUCAGACGUGUUGACGUCAGGUUUUUUGAUCCAAAUGUCUUUAAUGUCAACAAUAACUACAGUCUUACCCUAUUUUUUGAUUUGAUUUAUUCUUCUUCUUCUUCUUUUAUACUCCGAAAUUUACAAAAUCUGAGUUUUUUUUACUCUGGCUUCUGUCUUCAAACUUCCAAUUUGGGACGCGUUUCUGAUUCUCUGUCGCCGGUGUUUGGUUUCAAUUUUUUUUUUUUUGGGUUUGACCGUCACAUGAGUGGACUUUGACUGGCCGUGAUCGGACUUUUGAUUGUCGCCGAUGGGGCACUGCUGCAGUAAGGGUGUUACCGCCGAUAAUGACGGUCACGUCGUCUCCGUUGUUGACGGAAACUCAUCCGUCUCCACAAACAACCGCCCCAAACCAUCACCGUCACCGGCACGUCCACAGUCCGUCGGGAACGGGACGAGUUACACUAACAACAACACGCCAGCUCACUCAUUUACAACCAGUCCUUUUCAGAGCCCAUACCCUGCCGGAAUACCUCCCUCCCCGUCUCCGGUCGGAACGCCGAGAAGGAAAUUCAAGUGGCCAUUUCCACCGCCGUCGCCGGCGAAGCCUAUAUUAUCGGCGAUCCUUAAGCGGCAGGGAACGACGUCAGCAAAGCCAAAAGAAGGGCCAAUACCGGAAGAUGAAGGUGGUGAAGGUGAGAGACAGCUGGAUAAAAGCUUUGGUUAUCCAAAGAACUUGACGGCAAAGUAUGAGCUUGGAAAGGAAGUAGGUCGAGGGCAUUUUGGACAUACUUGUUGGGCUAAAGGUAAAAAAGGCGAACUUAAAAAUCAACCGGUCGCUGUGAAGAUCAUUUCAAAAGCUAAGAUGACAACAGCUAUAUCUAUUGAAGAUGUUCGCAGGGAGGUGAAGAUAUUGAAGGCCUUGUCUGGACAUCAGAAUCUUGUCAAGUUUUAUGAUGCCUUUGAGGAUGCCAACAAUGUCUACAUAGUAAUGGAGUUAUGUGAAGGAGGGGAACUAUUGGACAGGAUUCUAUCAAGAGGUGGGAGAUACACAGAGGAGGAUGCCAAAAGUAUACUGGUUCAAAUACUAAAUGUUGUCGCCUUUUGUCAUCUUCAAGGUGUGGUCCACCGUGAUCUGAAGCCAGAGAACUUCCUUUUUACGAAGAAAGAAGAGGAUGCACCAAUGAAGGUUAUUGAUUUUGGUCUAUCAGACUUCAUCAGACCAGAUCAACGUCUUAAUGAUAUUGUUGGCAGUGCAUACUAUGUUGCACCUGAAGUACUUCAUAGGUCAUACAGUAUUGAAGCAGAUAUGUGGAGUAUUGGUGUGAUAACGUAUAUCUUAUUGUGUGGAAGUAGACCUUUCUGGGCACGUACAGAGUCAGGCAUUUUUCGAUCCGUGUUACGAGCUGAUCCUAAUUUUGAGGACUCACCUUGGCCUUCAGUGUCUGCAGAGGCCAGAGAUUUUGUGAAAAGGCUUUUGAAUAAAGACCAUAGGAAGAGAAUGACCGCUUCUCAAGCAUUGGCUCAUCCAUGGUUAAGGACGGAAAAUCCUGUUUUACCUUUAGACAUAUUGAUCUUUAAAUUAGUCAAGUCUUAUACUCGAGCCUCACCCUUGAAACGUGCAGCAUUGAAGGCUCUUUCAAAAGCAUUGACAGAAGAAGAGUUAAUCUACCUCAGGGCUCAAUUCAAUUUAUUGGAACCGAAAGAUGGUCGUGUGUCACUCAACAAUUUUAAGAUGGCACUUACUAAACAAAUGACUGAUGCCAUGAGGGAGUCAAGAGUUUUUGACAUCUUAAAUUUGAUGGAACCAUUAUCCUAUAAACCACUGGAUUUUGAAGAGUUCUGUGCUGCCGCAAUUAGUACAUAUCAGCUUGAGGCUCUUGAAAAUUGGGAACAAAUUGCUAGUGCCGCUUUUGAGCAUUUUGAGCAAGAAGGAAACCGUGUCAUUUCCGUUGAGGAAUUAGCACAGGAAAUGAAUUUGGGCCCAACUGCUUAUGCUUUUCUCAAGGAUUGUAUCAGACCAUCUGAUAGAAAACUAAGUUUCCUUGGGUAUACCAAAUAUUUGCAUGGUGUGACUAUUCGUGGUUCAAGCACAAGACAUCAUCGAUAACAUGGCUGAUUGGAGCACACAAGUUGCUCCAAAGGAGAACAAGAGAGUACAUUUCUAUUCUUUCCUUCUUUUUUCUUGUGCAGAAACAGAAAGUGUUAAACUAUCUGUUGUCAAAGAUAUUUCGAUUCAUGUUGUGAGGAUACGAUCCUUAUUCUUUAGAAUUAGUGAUUUGGGUUUUGUAUCGUUGUAAUAGAUUUUAUGUUUUUUGGGGGGAAGAAAACUUCAGGAGAGCGAAACAUGCUGAUUGUCAUUCUGAAGCUUAAAAAGUUAAUUCCUCUGCAAUUUACUACGUAGCAGUCCUAUUA